AUGGACUCUCCAUGGGACGACAGCAUUGACGACGAUGUCCACCGUCGUGAGGUCGAAUGGGACAACAUAGCCUCCAAUUUCACAAAUGCUGGAUACAGGGAAGGAAUCACCGCUGGGAAGGAGGGAGCCCUACAGGAAGGCUUUGACUCAGGCUUCGAGACCACAGGGGCGCCGCUAGGCCGAGAGGUGGGCCGCGCAAGAGGAAUCGCAUCGGCCAUUUUAUCCCUUCUCAACGAUACCCCGCACGCCCUAGGACUGGACGAGUCUGCCGCGAACGACAUCCGGGAUAUAGCCUCCCAGCUCUCGAAUAUCAGGUUCUCGGACAUCGCGCCACCCGAUCUGGAGGCGGAGGAGCACGAACGCGAGCACAGGCUGGCCAACGGAGAGUCGAUGGACGUGAAUGAAGAGAUCCAGGCCAAGAAUGAUGUCGAGGGGCUCGAGGACAUGCUGGCUGGAAUGGGGUCCUCAACGAAUUCAACCAAACGACCCACCAUGGAUGAUUUUAGGUCCUUGGUGUCGCGACUAAACUCGUUCACGACGUCGAUCGGCCUCGGUUUGUAA